AUGAAAUGCUUGACUACAUGUUGCGAUAGUCUUAAAGCGUUUCUCAAGUCAUGUUUGCAAUGUUCUCCUUGUUUGUAUCGAUUCUGUCGCAGCAGUGAGAAGGAGUACCGUUACAUCAAGGGCCUCUUUGGUAUAAUUUUCGGGGCUAGUGUUGGAACAGCUCUUUAUUAUGGCAUUCUUGUUGAGAUCGAGCACAUUCCGAAGGCUUAUCAAUACCAUGUACGGGGAGUGGUGGUAGCGGCUUUCGCACUAGCGUGUGCGUUUUCAGCUUCAGUUCGGUGUAUUUUUGUCCUUGUAAUUCCGAACUUUUUUGGAAAGAACGGUAGGAAUACAGUGACAACAUUCGCGAUCAUGUACCUGAUGACUGGUCCAGCAGCAAAUAUUAUGUCUAACGCUGAAGAGUCUGCACGUGCUAUAUCCUGCACUGCUUCGCUAAGUUUUAAUCACAGCAGGGAGAUGUUUCAACUGAUGCACAAGCCUCUUGUUGGUGCAUUCCGCGAAAUGGAAAGAAAUAAUCAUGAGGUAGAAGGCAUUACGCGCUCUCUGAGGACCAAUUUUAAUCAUCUUGGAAGGGAAGUUAGACCGAAAAAUCUACCACCUCUGCCAAAAACGAAGAAGCCGAGAAACAAAAAGGUAUACACACCAAGGGCUAGAAAAAUUCAAGUCGACUUUGAAAGACGUGUUCGUGGAAAGUGUGACGGCUACAAGUCUUCUUGUUCAAAAUUUAGUCCAAAUAUUGACCCAGAACUGGGUCAGACCUACGUCAACAUUGAGAAUUUGAUUGAUCAAUUCGACCGCAAUUAUAAAAUCGAAACUAAAUGGCAGAUGAUGACAUUUCCCUUGGAUGUUACAUCGGCCGAGAAUAUCCAGAAAGCUGUACUCAAGGAAUUUAACAGGAAAAAGGUGUUUUUUAUGGCGUUUUUCUUCAUCGCUCAAGUCAUGUUCUCCUUUACCUUCGUGCUAGUGUUUGUAUCUGCAUUCCAGUAUAAUAGAAAGUAUUUGUCGGAUUUCAAUUUUGACAACUCUUACCUUACGUCAUACUUUCGUCGUAUAGAUGAUAGGCGAAAAAAGCAGGGGAAGAAGACAUUGUUACCGCUGAUGAAAUCAGAGAAGAAGGAAUACAUUGAGCCUUUCCAGUUUAAAAUGAGAAAAGAUGAAAAAUCUAAAUGCAUAAAAACAGGACUUCGACUGAUAGUUCAACUUUUAGGAACCAUUGCCAUCGUUUGUUUCGACAAGCUUCUUUAUGAGAUGCUGGACAUAAUUCGCAGGCACAGCAAACUUGAUGUCGUCAUCAAAGAGUGUCUGCCUGUUCCCACUAAGUCAGAUCCGACGAUUGUUCGAAAUAUAUUUUUAAUAUGGGCAUGCGUGUUCACAAUGGUGUACUUUGAAGCGUUCACGCUUAGACUGCGCCGCACUAUAUGCGCAUUCUUUCAUCGCAAGCGAGAGAAAAAGCGUGUUCUGUUCAUGUACAAUGAUUGUUUGAAAAAAAGAAAAGGAUUCUUAAAGUAUAUGCGUCAACGAGUUAAGAGACAAGCUAGAGAAGACAAACUGUCGAGGGAAACCGGUAUUCUGACCGUCCUGCGGCGCCGCUUCCCACGAUUCUGUGGCUGUUUGAAGUGGUGCAAACUUGGCCGCCAAUCGUGCUUAAUUUGCAGUGAACUCGAGACAAAGAAAUUUCACCAUUGCACCGGGCCUGGCUGCUACUUCUCUUACUGUGCGGACUGUUGGAAAGAUGUUAAUAGACGGUGCUAUGCUUGCUACACCGGAAAAGAUGACUUAGACGAAGAUAGCUCAGGCACAGAUGUUGACGAACUUUUUUGAAAAGUAGGCCUACAUAAAUGUAUAUGGACGGUAGAGCGGAUGGAGUAGUCGUUAUUUUCGAAUCGAGUACUGAAGUUGACAAACUUGAAAGUAAAAGCAUGAAGGAGUAAAAUACGGUGGUCCUUCUAUUUAACUUCACAGUGGCAUAGCAUAUGCAGCAACCGUCGGCAAACAAAUGUAACUCCACUCCCUGUGAGCGUUCGACAACGCGACAUUAGGUAGUUUUCGUCGCACGACGUUAACCUUAACGCAAGAUGAAUAAAUUAUGACGUUAUCCGUUAACGGUAAUUAACGUCGUCGUGCGGCGAAAACUACCUACUGUCUACUGCUUGUCGGUGGCAGUCUCAAAGGAACGUCAUCAUAAACUAUCAGUUGCGCGCGCGUUGUGCCGGCGUUACGUUCUUCAGGAUCGCAAUGAUUGCCCGGCUUCAGAAAAAUCGGUAUGUUUAGACAUCGGGUAACAGUGUAAAAUGUAAUUUGCAUAAUUUUAUUUGUUUUCGUUUCGCAAAGGAUAUUUUUACAUAGGCUAACGUCGAAUAACAGUAUAAAAUAUAACUUGCAUAGUUUUAUUUGUUUUCGUUUAAAAAAUAAUAUUUUUUUAAUUUGCUUAAUCCGAGCAUGUGAUGUACUGUCAAAGCGAGAACAAAAUUAAUGAUGGGUGUAUUGCUAUACACCUCAUGUUUUAAAGAAGCAAGUCUAGCACUGAUUAUGAUGCUAAAUACCGCCAUAUUUUUCUUCUGUGGUUAACAUUCAAACAAGAUAUAAUUAUAAAUGUAACUUAUAAUACAUACUGUAGGGCAUAACCGUUGUAGUUACCAAAAUAUAUUUCAAUUUAAUAAAAUUCAAUUAAAAAAAUAUGACUGAUAUUAUGUUUUCAAAUGACGGCGCAAAAUGAUCGAACAGAAAGAAAUCAGGACGUUGUGACAUUUACAAAUCAUACCUUUAUUUACAAUGAUACCUUAAAAGAGAACUAGCAAAAUGAUUUUUUGUUCUAGAUUGGA